AUGGCCAGCACCAUUGCGUACUCUGCUAGCCUAACAAAUUCUUCCGGUAAAGCUAUUCAUCCCGAAACUAUUGUGUCAUUAUCUGUGACGGAACGUGCUUCCAGUGAAAGCAAAAGCAAGGGUUAUGGGGCGGUAGACGGUGCAUCGCAGCGAGCUUGCCAUCAACGCAAGAAAAUUGGGCAAGGCAGUGGUCGUCAAAAUGCUCUAGAGGCGGCCCAAAAAAUCCAGGCCGAGAAGAUUAAAGGCAAAUCUAUUGCGAUGACGGCGAGCUGGAACCAAAGGUGCCAAGAAUUCGAAGCCGAACUGAACUUGGACACCCGAUGUCUCAGAGUCAUCAAGUAUCUCAACGGGUUGUCGAAUCAAGACAUGGAGAUUAUUGGCGGCGAGACCACAUUGUACCUAUGCAAUUGCAUUGUCUACAUGCUGCAAGACGCAAAGAAGAGAGGGAAAAGAAUGCCUGAAAUGGGCUUGUUGGCCAUAUGUUGGUCAAAGCUGAGGGAGCUCGGAAAAUUACCGCUUUCGCAGGAAGGAGUUGCACUGUUCAAGCUCCUCGCAAAAGUUGUCAAACUGACCACCGAGAAGCCGCCGGAUACGUCUAUAAAGGGACGGAAACUCCCCUUUGUCAGCAUAUUGCCGACACUGGGAGGUCAACUGGAGAUUCCAGUUGACCCCCUUGAGUUUCAGCUGAGUUAUUGCGGACCAUAUUUGGAAAGAGGCUUUGACUCCAGCCCAGAUGCUCGUGUACCUUUCAGCCCGGAUGCCUGGCAGAGGACAGUUCUGGAUGCCAUUGAUGCCAACAAGAGUUUGUUCGUUGUUGCGCCCACAUCAGCUGGCAAAACCUUUAUUUCGUUCUACGCAAUGAAGAAGGUGCUGCAAUCGAACGAUGACGAUGUUCUCGUUUAUGUGGCCCCCACCAAGGCUCUUGUUAAUCAAAUCGCUGCAGAGGUGCAAGCUCGGUUCUCCAAGGCGUAUUCUACUCAAGGUAAAUCAGUAUGGGCUGUGCACACAAGGGAUUACAGAAUCAACAAUCCGACAGGCUGCCAGGUUCUCAUCACGGUUCCACAUAUUUUGCAGAUUAUGCUGUUGGCGCCAUCAAAUUCAAAGACAGCUAGUUCCUGGGCUUUGAGGGUGAAGAGGAUCAUCUUUGACGAGGUCCAUUGCAUUGGGCAGUCAGAUGACGGUGUAAUAUGGGAACAGCUACUCCUACUUGCGCCGUGUCCCAUCAUCGCCUUAUCUGCCACCGUGGGCAACCCGAUGGAGUUCAACGACUGGUUGAGAGGAUCUGAGGAAGCGAAGGGCCACGAUCUGGAAAUGAUUCUUCACCCCUAUCGCUACUCAGACCUUCGCAAGUUCAUAUAUCACCCCAACAUGAGCUGGGUUUUUAGUGGCCUUGGACCUGCUGAAGGGUUGCCGAUUCCUGGAUUGGAUGAGGGACAGCAGAAGCUGUCGCCGUUCACGAAUAUUCAUCCGGUGGCUAGUCUUAUCAAUCGUAACCGGGGAACAAUCGACGACAUCAGUUUCGAACCGAGAGACUGCUUCAUCUUGUGGCAGUGUAUGUCGAAGCAUCAAAGUAAAUCACUUCCAGUAAACGAAUCCUUAGACCCCCGGAAUGCACUUCAUGAUAUUGUGACGAAGCAUGAUAUCGUUAAAUGGGAAGCUGCAUUGAAGCAGGUCUUGUUGAGAUGGAUGCAAGAUCCCAGUUCGCCAUUUUCUUCCGUCCGAAACGACCUUCAGUCAUCUAUUGUUAAUCGGCAUCUCUCAACUUUGGAUGGGUCGCCCAACACGGCUAGUCACGAAUCUAAUAAUGCUGUCUUUCACCCCGGCUCUGAAGAGGCCGGGGCUGAGAGGGGCUUGAAGUCCUUAUUGAUCGGGAGGUGCAACAGGGAAUGCAAGUACCACCUCCACCAUCUACAUGGAGCAACAGCUGAGAGGGUUCCCGGGUCGCCCAACACGGCUAGUCACGAAUCUAAUAAUGCUGUCUUUCACCCCGGCUCUGAAGAGGCCGGUCUUCACACUCUAGCAUUACAGGUCCUUUGUGACCUUCAUUGCCACGCGGCGCUUCCAGCGAUACUAUUCAACUAUGAUCGGAGGUACUGUGAAAAAAUCGUAUUUUUCGUUGAAAAGAAGCUGCGGCUUGCAGAGGUUGCUUGGAAGGCAUCAAACUCGGAAUGGAGGAAGAAGCUUGCUGAAUUUGAAAAAUGGAAGAGAACAAGCUCCAAGGCCAUCUCCAAAAGAAAAGAAAGGACAUGGUCACAUGAGGCUGGGCUUUGCAAGAGUAACAGCAUCAAAGAAGCUGCAAAUGCGGACAUUAGUGUCUGGGAAAGCUUCGACCCUGAGGCGGCUUUGGAAAUGUUCUCAUUUGCGGACCGAACAAAGUUACUCGAUUCAGAGUUCGAGGCUAUAGUUGCAUCUCUCAAAAAUGCCAACUUGAAACCGGGAAUUGUUGAUGCUUUACGGCGGGGAAUGGGAGUACAUCAUGCAGGAAUGAAUCGCGAGUAUCGCCAAGUGGUUGAGAUCCUUUUUAGGAAAGGCUUUCUGAGGGUUGUCGUUGCGACUGGUACCUUGGCCUUAGGUAUUAACAUGCCUUGCAAGAGCGUCGUAUUCUUCGGCGACUCGGUGUUUCUCACGGCGUUGAAUUACAAUCAGGCAGCUGGCCGAGCCGGCCGUCGUGGGUUUGACUCUCUCGGAAAUGUUGUUUUUGUAGGAAUGAACCCGGAGAGAGUCUUUGAGAUCAUGUCAUCCAGACUGCCCGAGCUUCACGGCCAGUUCCCCUUGUCAACGACUCUGGUUCUCCGCCUUUUGGGACUACUACAUUCUACAGACAAUUCUGAAUACGCGAAUAUCUUCGGAGACGACAUCUUCUGUCUCAAUGCGGAGCUCCCCUCAAUUUCGCAGGUUUGGUAG